AUGCAGUGCUGGCAGGUGGCAAGUCUGGCUGAAGGUGGAGCAACAGCAGGAGGAGCAGCAGGAGGAGCAGCAGGAGGAGCAGCAGGAGGAGCAGCAGGAGGAGCAGCAGGAGGAGCAGCAGGAGGAGCAGCAGGAAGAGCAGCAGGAAGAGUAGCAGGAGGAGCAGCAGGAGGAGCAGCAGGAGGAGCAGCAGGAGGAGCAGCAGGAGGAGCAGCAGGAGGAGCAGCAGGAGGAGCAGCAGGAGGAGCAGCAGGAGGAGCAGCAGGAGGAGCAGCAGGAGGAGCAGCAGGAGGAGCAGCAGGAGGAGCAGCAGGAGGAGCAGCAGGAGGAGCAGCAGGAGGAGCAGCAGGAGGAGCAGCAGGAGGAGCAGCAGGAGGAGCAGCAGGAAGAGCAGCAGGAAGAGCAGCAGGAAGAGCAGCAGGAAGAGCGGCAGGAAGAGCGGCAGGAAGAGCGGCAGGAAGAGCAGCAGGAGAAGUUGCAGCAGCAGCAGGAGGAGGGGCAGGAACAGCAGGAGCUGCAGAAGUGGCACAGGCUGCUGCAGCAAUAGCAGCUGCAAGGAUAGAAGCUGCACGUGAACUUGUGCUGAUAUUAGCAGUACCCUUAGGCUUGUGA